AUUAUGCAAAUUUCGGAAUUUCGGAAUACGUAAUUAAUUACGAUUUCGUAAUUUCGGAUUUCGGAUUUGCCAAUUGAAUUUCGGAAACAACUAUACUCAAGAUCCUAUUACAAAAGAAUAUAUUAUGGUUAUUGAAAAUGAAUAUUGCGAGAAAUGUAAUGAAAAAUACACAUCUACUUUCAAUAAGUGGUGGUGUAAAUCAUGUCAAAUAAAUGAUUUAAAAAAAAAUUUUACCAAUUGGACUAGUAGAAAUAUAACAAUCGAUAAUUUCAUUCAAAUGAUGCAAUUAAAAAUUAACUCCCGCUAUGAUAUAAUAUUUGAAUGGAUACCAUAUAAUCAGUUUAGUAAUAUUAAAGAAAUAGGCAAAGGUGGUUUUGCUACAAUAUAUUCAGCAACAUGGAAAGAUGGACCAUUAUCUUAUGAUUGCGAAUAUAUAAGAGAUAAGAAAAAAGUUGCUUUAAAGCAAUUAUACAAUUCAGAGAACAUUACUAUUGAAUUUCUAAAUGAGGUUAAAGGAUAUUCUAUUGGAAUAUUUAAGUAUGUUCUUUCAAUAUAUGGAAUAUCUCAAAAUCCUGAUACAAAAAAUUAUGUUAUGGUUCUUGAUUAUGCGGAAGGUGGAGAUUUAUAUAAUUGGGUAAACAAAUAUUAUAAUAAACUAGAUUGGUUAUAUAAUAUUAAAGCAUUGUUAAGUAUUAUAGAAGGUCUCGAAAUAGUUCAUCAGGAAAAUAUGGUUCAUCGUGAUUUUCAUACAGGAAAUAUAUUAUCAAUGUAUAAUACCUUAGAUAAUUAUAUAAUAUGCGUAUCAGACAUGGGAUUAUGUGGAAAAGUUGAUAGUACAGAUAAAACGGAAAUUUAUGGAGUUAUGCCUUAUGUAGCUCCUGAAGUGUUGAGAGGAAAACCUUAUACUCAAGCGGCAGAUAUAUACAGCUUUGGUAUGAUUAUGUAUUAUGUAGCAACUGGCAGGAAACCUUUUUGCAAUUGUGCGCAUGAUGAAAUUUUAGUGUUAGAUAUCUGCAAAGGAAUUAGGCCUGAAAUAAACGAACCAGAAGCACCAAAAUGUUAUAUUGAUUUAAUGAAGAGAUGUUGGAAUUCAAAUCCAAACAACCGACCAAAAGCAACUGAAAUAAAAGAAUUAAUUGAGUUAUUUUAUGAUUCUUAUAGCUCCAAUUUGAAAAGUGAAAAAGAUGAGCUGUUAUCUUUUGAUAUUAAUGAGCAAUUUGAGAAAGCAGAAGAAUACAAAGAAUCAAAUUUCUUAUUUUUAGAGGAAAAAAGACAAUCGGCAACUCAUCCACAAGCUGUUUAUACAUCUCGAUUACUUAAUCCCUUUACAAAAGAUCUUCCAAAAUAUGAUCUUAAUUCUGAAUGUUUAGACUGUGAAUUAUUUAUAUCAAGCAAUAAUUUUAUUUAUUACAAGCAGUUAAAUUAAAAUGAGUUGAAAUUAAAUUAGGUAAUGUCCUUAAUAUGUAUGAUGACUUAAACUGACUCAGCAUUUAUCAGUAUUAUUCUAUUUUAUUCUUAUAAACUUGUAUAUUUGAUUUGUUCAACACUGAUUAUAGUAUUCAUGUAAACUUUUUUUCAUAAAUAAAUCAGUUUGUA